AUGGCUUCCCAUCAUUACUUUUAUAGCCCGUUCAAUUUCAACUAUGCAAAUUCCACUCCAGAGAACCCCGUGCUCGAGAUAAAUCCUUAUAGUUGGACAAAGGUGGCAAACAUAAUUUCAAUUGAUCAACCUGCUGGGACUGGAUUCUCAUAUGCAAAAUAUCCAAAAGCUUACAUAACAAAUGAUACAUUAUCAUCAAUGCUUUGUUACCAAUUCUUAAGGAAGUGGUUUGAUGAUCAUCCUAGAUUUAUCAAGAAUCCGUUAUAUGUUGGUGCUGAUUCCUAUGGUGGCUUAUUUGUUCCAAUGAUUGUUCAGGAAAUAUAUAAAGGUAACGAAGUUGGAGAAGAACCACAUAUCAACAUCAAAGGGUAUAUUAUUGGUAACCCUGUUACAGACACAAGUGCAGAAUAUAAUUUUAGAAUUCCAUCUGCUCAUCAUCUAGCACUCUUAUCAGAUGCCAUCUAUAAGUCAGCAAAAAGAAAUUGUCGAGGGGAGUACUUGAAUGUGGAUUCCAACAAUAGUCUAUGCAUACAUGAUCUUAAUGUGGUAGAUAAGUGCCUCAAAAGAAUUCAAAUGGAAUACAUUUUAGAUCCAUAUUGUGGCCCUUCAAAUACCUUCAAACCUUCUCUUUUCAAGAGGGACUUAAGAUCUAUUGAGAAGAUCUCCAUGGAUAUGGAUAUUUGGCCAUUACAUCAAGUUCAAAUGGAAGGGUGUAAUGAUGACAUACAUAUGUACCCAUAUGUAUGGGCUAAUAGAAGAGACGUGCGAGAGGCACUUCACAUCCGUGAGGUAUUUAAUGAAACUGAGUGGGUGCUAUGCAAUGGAAGCCUGCAAUUUUUUUAUAACCAAGAACCCAUUUCAUACACACACAAUAUAUGGAGUACUGUUGCCUAUCAUCGACACCUUGCUAAUAAAAACUGUCGAGCUCUUGUAUAUAGUGGAGAUCAAGACAUGAUUGUUUCCUAUUUGAGUACAUUAAAUUGGAUUAACUCACUAAAUUUGUUAGUCAAGAAUGGUUGGGGACCCUGGUUUGUUGACGAACAAGUAGCCGGCUACACUAUGAAAUAUUCACAUAAUGACUACAACUUAACAUUUGCUACUGUAAAGGGAGGAGGUCACACAGCUACAGAUUAUAAACCAAGAAUGUUUAAAGAUGCUUAUGAAGUGGUUUUCCAAUAACGCUUUGUAACUCACAUUCGAAGAGUAUCAUGUUUGCUUAUUGUGUUGUACGAAUUCGUUUAGAUUGCUUACCUUCAAUAACUUUGUUUAAAUAAAUAUUGUAAUGUGUGUAUUUCGAAAUUGUUAAGAUACUACUUUCCAUAUAACUAUGAUUCAUUUUAAAUAAAUUUAAAUUCCACG